AUGGGCGAACACGUGGCUGCCUCGGAGCCAGAGCAGCAAUGGCGGCCGGUGGCGGCGGUAGCUGCGACCCCUUGGCCCCGGCGGGGGUCCCCUGCGCCUUCUCGCCGGACGGGCAGGCCUACUUCGCUUUAGCGUCUAGUGACGGCCACUUGCGAGUGUGGGAGACAGCCAACAACCGGCUGCACCAGGAGUACGUGCCUUCCGCGCACCUCAGCGGUACCUGCACCUGCCUGGCCUGGGCGCCAGCGCGGCUGCAGGCCAAGGAAAGUCAUCAAAGGAAAAAAAGGAAAUCGGAAGUUAUAGGAACGAGUGACCAGGUUGACUUAUUGGCCCUUGGUACAGCAGUUGGUAGCAUUUUAUUGUAUAGUACGGUAAAAGGAGAACUGCACAGUAAAUUAAUAAGUGGUGGGCAUGAAAACAGAGUCAAUUGCAUACAGUGGCAUCCAGAAAAUGACUGCAUAUAUAGUUGUUCAGAUGAUAAGUAUAUUGUGGAGUGGAGUAUACAGACAUGCAAAGUAAAGUGCAAAUGGAAAGGAGACAACAGCAGCGUCAGUUCCCUGUGUAUCAGUCCAGAUGGAAAGAUGUUACUUUCGGCUGGUCGAACAAUCAAACUGUGGGCUUUGGAGACCAAAGAAGUUUACAGACACUUCACAGGCCACUCGACACCUGUUUCAUCACUUAGGUUCACUACCAUCAGACCUAAUGAAAGCCAGCCUUUUGACGGGAUUACAGGUCUCUAUUUCUUAUCUGGAGCAGUACAUGACCGGUUACUUAAUGUCUGGCAGGUCCGCUCAGAAAACAAAGAGAGAAGUGCGGUUAUGUCUUUCACAGUCACAGAUGAACCUGUCUAUAUUGAUUUGACUUUGUCAGAGAACAAGGAAGAGCCUGUCAAAUUAGCUGUUGUUUGCAGAGAUGGUCAAGUCCAUCUUUUUGAACACAUACUAAAUGGACACUGCAAAAAGCCUUUGACUUCAAAUUGCACAAUUCAAAUAGCAACACCUGGGAAAGGCAAGAAAUCAACACCAAAACCCAUCCCUAUUCUAGCAGCUGGAUUUUGCUUAGAUAAAACGUCCUUAUUGCUUGUGUAUGGCAACUGGUUUCAGCCUACCAUUGAGCGAGUGGCUUUGAAUGCCAAAGAUACUCAUAUAUGUUUGGAAAGAGACAUUUCCAAUUGCUGGGCUCCAACAGUAGAAACGGCAAUAACCAAGGUGAGAACACCAGUGAUGAAUUCUGAAGCAAAAGUUCUGGUGCCUGGGAUUCCCGGACAUCACGCGCCAAUCAAGCCUCCACUCUCACAGCCUAAGGAGGUGGAGAACAAGAGGAAAUUAGGCAGCAAUGAGGCUAGCAUCGAGGAGCGCCUUGAAGCCAUGGAUCUAGAUAGAAAAGGAAGGAAGGAUGACCUUCUGCAGACAACUAGCUUUCCAGUCCUUCUCACCCAGGGCUUGGAAAGCAAUGAUUUAGAGAUGCUAAACAAAGUGCUUCAAACUAGAAAUAUAAACCUCAUAAAGAAGACUGUGCUAAGGAUGCCCUUGCAUGCUGUUAUCCCAUUGUUACAAGAGCUUACGAAGAGAUUGCAAGGACAUCCCAAUAGUGCUGUGUUAAUGGUUCAGUGGCUGAAGUGUGUGCUGACGAUUCAUGCAUCAUACCUGUCCACGUUGCCUGACCUGGUGCACCAGCUGGGGACCCUCUACCAGCUAAUGGAAAGCAGAGUCAAAUCUUUCCAGAAACUCUCACACCUGCACGGGAAACUCAUUCUUCUCAUCACACAAGUUACAGCAUCAGAAAAGAUGAAAAAGAUGCCUUCCCCUCAACAGAAGGCAAAAUUGGUGUAUGAAGAAGAGUCUUCAGAAGAGGAGUCCGAUGAUGAAAUUGCAGAAAAGGAUUCUGAUGAUGACUGGGAUGAAGACGAAGAGAAAGACAGUGAAAAAGAGGAAGGUGUUGAUGAAGACAAUGGAGAGGAAGAUGAGGACGCUGAAGAUGUAGAAGAGAAUGGCGAGGACAGAGAUGUGUCGAGUGAUAAAGAAUUAAAUGGAGAUUCUGAUCUAGAUCCUGAAAAUGAAAGUGAAGAAGAGUGAAGACAGCAGCCGUUCACACUGUGAACCCUGGCUCAUCUUGCCCAACGCUGCCGCAUCCUCCCAGGGAGGCUUGCCCCGUGCCGGGAGACAAGAGGCCGCCAUAUGCUUCCAAGUUCACAGAGGCCACACCACCUUCCUGUCCUGAGUGCCCCAGACUUUAACUGUGUAAAUAAGAGUGUUUCAUUCAAAUGUUAAUAAACUUUACACAGUAAAUAGACACACUUUCUGCCAUGUACUGACAUGAGUGUCCAAUAUAUGGUAUAUUUUUAUAAUAUAAUACUGUAGUAUGAGUGGUUCUAUCGCAAACUGACUUAGGUGAAGACAGACAUGCCAUAGGGGUCAGAAACUGGACGCUUGUGAAGGAGUCGGCUCAUCUCAGGUUGGUAUCUUCAUCCAGUCCAGAUGCCAAAGCAGCACUAAUGAAUUGUUUUUAAUCUGGCUUACCUAAUUUGAUACAUUUUCAUAAAACAUGAAGGAAUAACUAAAACUUAAAACGGUUGUGAUUUGCAGAAAUAGAAUCACCGUGUCCCUAGUUUUGUCUACUAACAGGUCAUCUGGCUUGGGUCAGAUUGGAUAUUGGGAGUGCUUCCCCAAAAAUAACACUUAUUUUUUAAAGUGUCGUCUGAGAUAUUUUUUUAAACAAAACAAAAUAAUGGUAAUUAAAGAAGCAAAGAUUUAGCCAUAUUAAGGGUGUUCUUGUCUGCAGACUGUAGAGAAUCAUCUGUGUAUAGAUGACUUAUGCUCUAACCUGCGACUUUUUAAAACUUCAGUCACCGCUGCUUUUGAAGAGGUUUCCAUUUUUAUUUAAAUUACUAAUGGAUCAGAGAACAAUUGUUUAUUUUUUUCUCUUUGGUUUUAGAUAUUAAUGAUAACCUUGCUGGAGUUUUUUUCCAAAGAAACUAUUUUUAUAAUUCAGUAAUUUAACGUUUUCUUUCCUUUUCAUUACCCACUCUUGGCAGGGCUAGGGUAUCUGUUUAUCUUUAAAAAUGAUAAAUCUUAUUCAAGAUUUUUUUAUGUAUGUAUAAAUAAGUAUUUUGGUGUGCUACACAGCUUUUUCAAAUUACCAGUAAUUUGUCUUGUUUUUAAAAGAGUGAGCUAGUACUGACUUAGUGCUCACUAAGGGGCAGAUGGAGAGCUCACUUCUGCAGAAGGGCUGAGCAGACGCGUUGACUUUCUUUCCCACCUGUGAAUGUGUAAGAUCACCGAUGUCUGGGAGGACUCCAUCAGAGGCAGAGCAGGCUGCACAGCCGGAGCAGGAAGAGCAUCUUGGGCAAGCUGCUGGUGCGAUGUACAGUUAUUUGUCUAUACAUGGAGUUGUUUAUGGCAAUUUAAUACCAUUCUCUUUGUAAAGUGAAUAAAUACUCAUCUUUACCCAG